AUGAGUUUCCUCAAACGCGACAAGUCCAAACUUAACAUUCUCCUGGGCUCGUCACAGAGUUCUGCCGGCCAGCACUCAGACAAUGCCAACAACCACAACCUUUCAAAAGUUCACCUGAACUCCAGUUUUCUGCUGCAGAAUCAUCCGGAAAUACAUGUUCCACCACGGGCUGCAACUUCUGUGCACAGUGUGCCAGCAUCACCAGCGGCCGUUCAGCGGGUGCCGUCGCAGGUUCUGGUGGAACCUCGAGUAGAUCCUCCAGUAAGAUUGGCCAUUGAUGACCCGGAGCCGCUGCCAACAAACACCAGAUUUGGGUCAGGAAUACCCCACAGAAACAUGCACCGUGCUCAAUCGGCAUCAGCGUCGCUUCUGCCUUCGUCGUCAAUGCUGGACCCCAACGAGACUUUAACACCGGAAAUUCAAGGAUCAUCGAGCCAUGUUACGGCGCAACCACGCCCAUUGACCUCCCGUUCUCUUACAGAGGACUUUCUGCCGCGGCUGCUGAUGGUACUGCUCUCUCCCGCAGCACAUGGCCUCCACACCUCGACAUCUCCACCAGAUGAUGGAGUUCUCAAGGAAGACUACAAGGGCUUCCACCGCAACAAGGCAGGAAUCUUUGGCAACGUGCCACCACUUUCGCAGCCCAUUAAGCCGCGCUUUCGUAAGAAGGGCCACGGACUUUUGGGGAAAUUGAUCCAUCUGAACAGGAAAGACCUGGACGGAUCCGUCGAACUGACAGAUGCCUCAGACGUACAGCUGGUGGCAUCAUCACACCCAACCCACACCUUGAGUGUGGCAAUGUCGCCGCAGGUCAACCGCCGCAGUACCUCGUCCCAAGCAUCUAAACACAAGUUCAGACUUCCCUCUAUAUCUCUGCACCACCAUCACCAUGGCCAAUCCACGAGUACAUUGGGCAUAGACUCGCGCAAUCCGUCCAUUCUGGAGGAAGGCAAUUACGUUCUGGACAAGGGCUCAGAUAAGCUGUCUAAUCCUCUGUCGAAACAACCUUCGUUUUCAGGACCAGCAGGCAGUCCUUCCAAGGUUUUUGAUCUUGACUUGAAUUUUGAAGAGAUGGGCCUGAUUCUCAAGAAACCUCCUAGAGCUUCCACUAGGCCCAGUUUGCAACUGGUAUCUUCGCGUACCAGUGCCAACGACGUGUCCUCUACGCCUGAGGCUCCACCUCCCACGGAAGAUCACCACAAACACUCAGCAUGGAGAGCUCCAGAUUCUUGGGAUGUCACCGGUGAGGAUCCCUCGGCUAUAGCUGCUGCAGAGGCAGCAGCAGCUGCCGCAGUUUCUGCCUCCGACUCAGAAACAGACAAGGAAGAGGAAAAUGAGAAAACGCAUAAUCUUGGCUACGCUCUGCUGGUCAACUCUUCUCGUAGUUCCGUUGAUGUGGUGGACGGUACAACGACACCAGCAGCUGGAAACGAUAAGAAACAGAAGAAAAAGACUGACAAAGUCGAAAGCGAACCACUUCCGUUCAGAAAGAAUGGCCUUCCGAUCUUGUUUGGAACUAUUUCCACCCGAAACUCUCUUGUUUCCGACUCUAAGUUGGCCAAGGGCCCCAACCACAUUAUUCGUGUGUUCAAGGAAGACAACACGUUUACCACUAUUCUUUGUCCUUUGGAAACUACCACAGCCGAAUUGUUGACGAUAGUCCAGAGAAAAUUCUUCUUUGAAUCAAUUUCCAAUUACCAGAUCUCCCUAUAUGUGGGAAGCAAUAUCAAGGUUUUGGAGCCCUUUGAAAAGCCCUUGAAAAUCCAGAUGGGUUUGUUAACCUUGAGUGGUUACACCGAGAAAGAUAAUUUGCGAAUCAUUGGAAGAGAAGACAUGUCCUCAGUUUGUAAGUUUGUCGUUGAGAACAUGUUUUUGAGAAAUUUAACGCAUGAAGAGGAGUCACUUCUUUCCAAGGAUUACGUGGACGUGAACAUAUCCAGUCUGGAUCUCAAGACCAUUCCUAUCAUCUUCCAUCAGCAUACCUACGAAAUUGAGAAGUUGAAUGUGGCUGACAAUCCAUCCAUCUACAUUCCUUUGGACUUCAUCCAAUCGUGCACGAAUUUGUCAAGCAUUAACUUUGCUCGCAAUGGCUGCUCCAAGUUUCCAGUCAAUUUCUUGCAUGCAACGAGUUUGACUUAUCUCAAUAUGGAAGCAAACUUCUUGGAUGAGCUUCCUUCGAAAUUCAGUCAUCUUAAGAUGUUAAAGACUUUGAAGUUGAACUCUAACCAGCUCUACUUUUUGCCUAAAACGUUUGGAAGGCUAUCUAAUUUAACAGAUUUGAAUUUAUCUUCAAAUUAUUUCCAGGUGUAUCCUGAAUGCAUCAACGAGUUGACAAAUUUGCAGGAUUUGAAUUUGUCGUACAACGACUUAAGCGAAAUUCCAGAAUCCAUCAGCAAGCUCACUAAAUUGACAAAGUUGAACUUAAGUACAAACAAGUUGAGCAAGAACUUGCCUACGUGUUUCAAGUCAUUGACAAACUUGAAAAGAUUGGACAUCCGUUAUAACGGAAUCACAAAUGUCGACGUUCUUGGGUCGUUGCCUAAUUUGGAGGUUGUUUAUGCAUCGAAGAACAAUAUCUCUGGUUUCAGUGACAAAAUGGAAAGCCUCCGUCUCUUGCAUUUCGACAGAAAUCCCAUCACAAACUUGGAGUUCGAGAUUUUACUUCCGAUGUUGACGGUUCUUGAUCUCUCUAAAGCAAAGAUUACUGCUCUUCCCGCUGAGUUUAUCACUAAAAUUCCUCACAUUGAAAAGUUGGUUCUUGACAAGAACCACUUAGUGACUUUACCAUCUGAGUUGUGCAACUUGCCAAAAUUGACACAUUUGUCAUUGUAUGGUAAUAACAUUCAGCAUCUUCCAGAAGACAUUGGUCGGAUUACGUCCUUACAGUAUUUGGAUUUACAUUCUAAUAAUCUCGAAUCCUUGCCAGCAGACAUUUGGAAUUUGAAGAACCUUUCCACUUUGAACGUUUCCUCCAACAUUCUCGCGUCUUUCCCCAAACCUCUGUUUGCGGUCGCGAAGAAGAUCACUUCCUAUGCUAAUUUGAAAAACCCGAUGGUCGACUCUUUAGAGAAAGCCAACGAGGUGUCUGCAUCGGCUAUUAAGAACAGCCCUGUUUCUUUAGCAGACAGUUUAUUGUCAUUGACCCUUUCUGACAAUAGAUUUAGUGAUGAAUCUUUCGAGGCCAUUGCCUUCUUCCUGAAUUUGAAGGUUUUGAACAUGGCCUACAACGAUAUUAUCGAAAUUCCGGAUGGAGCUCUUGGUAGACUCACAAAAUUGUCUGAGUUAUACCUUUCAGGUAACAAUUUGACGAAAUUACCUGCGGAGGAUUUUGAGAAUAUCACUGACCUUCGUUUGUUGUACUUGAACAAUAAUAAGUUAACCACCUUGCCUUCUGAGUUGAGUAAACUCAAGAACUUGGUGCACUUGGAUGUUGGAUCUAACCAAUUGAGAUAUAACAUUUCCAAUUGGCCAUAUGACUGGAACUGGCACUGGAACAAGAAGCUAAAAUAUUUGAACUUUUCAGGUAACAAGAGAUUCGAGAUUAAACAAAGUUAUUUGAAAAAUCCUGAAACUGGUGACGAUUUCGACAGUUUACUCGUCUUGAAGGACCUUCGAGUUCUUGGUUUGAUCGAUGUGACAUUAACAACGCCUGCAGUGCCUGACCUGAGCAUUGACAUGCGUGUCCGUACGACUUCAUCUGAAUUGAGUAACGUUGGAUACGGUGUCUCUGACACUAUGGGUAUUAGGGAUUAUGUGUCAUUCAGAGAUAUGUUUAUUCAAAAGUUUAGAGGAAACGACAAUGAAGUGUUGGUGUGCUCUUUUGAUGGUCACAUUAUCCACCAUCAGACGCAUGGACAUCUUAUUUCGUUCUUGAGUAAGCACUUGUUCUAUACAAAUUUCAUCAACGAACUUGACAAAGUGAAAUCCGAUGACGAAGUGGAGGACGCUAUGAGAAGAGCAUUUUUGUCUUUAAACAAGGACAUUAAUUCGGUACUUGCUGCUAAGAAGAGUGGAAAUAUGCAAAACACAAACAUCUCUCCAGAACUUGCAGAAUUAUCAACCAUUGAUGACGCGCUUUCCGGUUCGUCUAUGUCUGUCAUUUAUGUGAGAGGGGACACUGUUUACUGUGGUAAUGUGGGUGACAUUGAAAUUGUGUGUGCAAAGAAUAAUGGCGAGUACAACUUAUUAUCUACCAAACAUGAUCCAACGAGCCGUCCAGAAUUCGAGAGAAUUAGAGCUUCAGGUGGUUAUGUUUCCGGAAAUGGAGCUUUGGAUGGAAACUUACCCAUUUCUCGUGGUGUUGGUUUCUUUGGUUAUUUACCACACACUCACAGUGGGCCCAGUAUGAGCUCCAUGCAUCUCUCUGGAAGCGAAGAUAUGAUUGUUAUGGGCUCGAAGAUUCUCUGGGACUAUGUUUCUUAUGAUUUGGCUGUAGACAUAUUGAGGCAAGAGAAGGAUGACCCAAUGCUUGCGGCUCAGAAGUUGAGAGACUAUGCUAUUUGUUAUGGCGCAACGGAUAAGAUAUCCGUGACGGUUUUAAGUGUUGGCGAUCAGAACUUGAAGAAAAAAAAGAAGUUGAGCUCGUUAUACAGCAAUUUGGGACGCGAGACAGACCUUUUCUCCAACAAGAAGAGAAACCGUCUGGCUCCUUCGGGAGACACCGCCUUAAGAAGACUUGACAAUGAAAUUGAGCCUCCUGUUGGCGACUUGGCCUUGGUGUUCACUGAUAUCAAGAACUCCACUUUGUUGUGGGACACGUAUCCUGUUGCUAUGAGAUCAGCUAUCAAACUACACAACACUAUUAUGCGUCGUCAAUUGCGUAUUGUUGGAGGUUACGAGGUCAAGACAGAAGGAGACUCGUUCAUGGUAUCGUUUCCUACUCCGACAUCUGCCCUUUUGUGGUGUUUGACCAUCCAAAACCAACUCUUGAACGAAGAUUGGCCCUCGGAGAUCCUUGAAACCAAUGAAUGCUGCGAGGUGACAGAUUCGUCGGGCAAUAUCAUUUACAGAGGUUUGUCUGUGCGUAUGGGUAUUCACUGGGGUUCUCCUGUGUGCGAGCUUGACAUGGUGACCCGCAGAAUGGAUUACUUUGGCCCGAUGGUGAAUCGUGCCUCUCGUAUUGAGUCCAGUGCCGAUGGAGGACAGAUUGCUGUGAGUUCAGAUUUCUUGCAUGAGGUCGAACUGUUAUACCAGAUGCAUGACCAGAUCAAGUCUGGGUCAUUGACUUUGGAAGCUGCCUAUGAAGGUAACACGCGGGUGGGAGAAAUCAUUGAAAAGGAAAUAAGCUCACUUGAAAGUAUCGGAAUUUCUUACUUCGAACUUGGCCAGCGAAAGUUGAAGGGAUUGGAAACUCCGGAAAUGAUCACCUUGGCUUUCCCCAAGAGCUUGGACAUCAGAUACGAAAUUUUCCAGAAGCAGUUACAAGAUCUGCAGACUUCAGGACGCAUUGUUGGAGCGCUCCCAGUGGAGGCCGUUUAUCAAUUGAGAACCAUCUCACUUAGGUUGGAAAAUGUUUGCUCCAUGUUAAACUGUGGAAUAUCCAACGACGAACAAUUCCUGAGAAGUUCCUCGGACACCAUUCUGAAGAGCGUUGGCUCCAAUUUCGUGGAACAGGACUUUGUGGGUCUCUUCAAUCACAUUGUCACUAGAGUGGAGAACUGUAUUGCGCUCAUCGAGCUUCGUCAAUCGCUUCUGAUGUUGCAGGGCAACAAUGGAAGACUUAGGAACACGAAAACUCUUUGGAGUCUUAUUGACGAGGUGAACCAGUUGUUGGGACUGAUAGCAACGACUGGGAAGCAAUAA